GCCGGUUCCUCGCUGAGCCGCGCUGGCGGGUGGCGGCUCCUGAGGCGGCGGAGGGGGAAUGACCAUGACCAGCCUCCUGCCUUCAACCCCUGAUGGAAACUGCUAUUACAUCCUUACAGAAGACUGUGCCUACGGCAGCAAGUACUUCCAAGCAGGGAACAUGUGCUUCUGCAGCGAGAGGAGUUACCUGCGCAAUUUCACUGACGACCACAGGCCCCCGGCUUGCUUCUUGAAAGUCAUCAUGCUGGAUGACAGCUCCACUGUCACCAUCAACAUAGAAAUCCUUCAGCCCGUGCGUGAGGAGGUGGCCACCUUCCUCCUGGCUGUUGUUGGCCACAACGAGCGCUUGAACUACUUCUUUGAGAGGCUGAGCUUGGACGCAGCUCUGAGGGCAGUGCCAGGGCAGAAGGUGGUGGUGGAGGUUGACAGGCAACAUUUCCCUGGAAUCAUCCGUUACAUUGGGAGCAUCUACAAAAACAGUUCAGCUGUCCUGUCUCCCUCCUACUUCGGGGUGGAGCUACAGGGCGAGGGGGAAAACAGGGGGCGCAGCGACGGAUCCUGCCACGGCACCGAGUAUUUCAAGUGCAAGAGGAACUGUGGGAUCUUCGUGCCUUUUAGCAGAGUCCAGUUCCUUCCCAGACCUGACAAUGACCACGUGAAACAGAAGGCAAAUCUGGACACGGAAGAGGGGGUUCCUGUGAAAGUGGGAGAUGCAGUUAGUUUCUACGUGGAUGAAGUCCUCACCAAAGGAGUAGCCAUGGCAGUUUACAGGGAGGGAACCCAAUGGUUUGUUAAAGUUUGUCCGGAAGAAGAAGGAACAACUGACAUUUUCAGAGAAAUCCCCAUGGACUCUGUUGUGAAGGAAAGCUUGCCAAGUUUGUUUUCACCCUUCAAGCCCGACGUGGGCUUGGGACACCCAAACCAACUGAAACGAGAGAUAAGUGAGAGUGCUGAGGAGUGUGAAGGUGGGAAUCCACCCCUGGAGGUGAACUCCAUGGUCCAGAUCACCUUGGACAAAGGAAAUCAAGUUUCGGGAAUCAUCCGCUGGUUGGGCUACCUGCCCCAAAUCAAGCACAAAAUGGCAGGAGUUGAACUGGAUGAAGACAAAGGGGUCACUGCUGGGGAGUGGUUGGGCCAGUACUACUUCCACUGUGCUCCCAAGCGCGGGCUCUUCGUGAAGCUGCAGUCCUGCCAGCCCGACGUGCGCUUCCAGUGUUCCCCCCAGGGCCACGUCAGCCUGGUGGAUUAUGGAGAGCAAGAAGUUCUUCCACAGAUUCCAGAGAGUUUUCCUCCCCUCAGGAAUGAGGCAGCAGUGCAUGUUCUGCGAGGGAGGAUGAGGGGGAUCCAAGGCCACUGUAAUUCCUGCUAUAUGGAUGCAGCCCUUUUCAGCCUCUUCUCCUGUACAUCCGUGCUGGACUCCAUGCUCUUCAAGCCCUUCCCACUGUGUGACAGGAAUGUUCAGAGCAUCCUGCGGGAUGAGAUUGUGAAUCCACUCCGAAAGACUGGCUUUGUCCGGGCGAGGAGCGUGAUGCACCUGAGGGAGCAGCUGACUGAGAAGGGCCAGUGCUCCAGCUUCACCAAUGCUGAGAAAGAUCCUGAGGAGUUCCUCAAUCUCAUCAUGCACCAGAUCCUGGGAAUAGAGCCUCUCCUGAAGCUGCAGUCAGGAGGCCAGAAGGAGCAGGACUGUUACUGUUACCAGAUCUUUAUGGACAAACAGGAGGAUCUGGUGGUUCCUGACGUGCAGCAGUUAGUGGAACGCUCCUUCCUGUCCUCUGAGCUGAAGCUAGUGGAGAUCCCAUCUUGCUUCAUUAUCCAAAUGCCGCGGUUUGGGAAGGAAUAUAAAAUGUUCAGCAAGAUCAUUCCUUCCUUGGAGCUGGAUAUCACGGAUCUGCUGCUGGACAGUCCCCGGGAGUGCUGCGUCUGUGGCGACGUCGCCAGCCUGGAGUGCUCGGAGUGUUUCAAAGACCGAGUGUUUGCGGCGACGGGCCUGAAGCAGUUCUGCAGCACCUGCUCCAGACAGGUUCACUCCCACCACCAACGCAAAUCCCACAAGCCAACCAGGCUGCACAUCCCAGAGGAGUUUCACAGGCGGAGCCCCCGGGGCAGCCAGCAGGUCCCUCGGGAGAAGAUGGAGCUCUUUGCAGUGCUCUGCAUCGAGACCAGCCAUUACGUCUCCUUCGUGAAGUAUGGCCCCGAGAACCAGCACUGGAUGUUCUUUGACAGCAUGGCUGACAGGCAUGGUGAUGAAAAUGGCUUCAACAUUCCCAUGGUAACGCUGUGCCCCGAGGUUGCCAAAUACCUGGACUUGCCACUCUCUGUCCUGGCCCUGGAGCCACCUCGGGACAUGGAUGGGGUGGCCAAGCGCCUCUUCUGCGACGCCUACAUGUACAUGUACCAGAGCAAGAAGAUGGCACUUUACAAAUGACACUGCCUUGGGCUGGUGCCCACGGAGCAGGAAGGGAAACCUCAGCUUGGAUCAACCCUGCAGCUCCUAGUCAUGGAGAGCAGCCAAGUCCAGGUGCACCAAGCUUGCACUUCUGGUUCUUCUCACCUCUUCCAGUGUCUGGACACAUCAGCCUGUCUGGGUUUGUUAAAUCCUGGCCUCUUUGAGGGGAUGUUUGUGUUUCCUGCAGACCUGGGUUCUGAAUUAUUUCCAAACUCAUUCUAACUUCCUACUUUCCCUUUCCCCAUGCAGCUCUGCCCUAAGUCAGACCCCUCCAUGUCCUCUUCUCCCUUCCAGCCCUUUCCUCCAAAGCUGAGGUGAAGCACAGGUUGACCAGAGAGGUGGUGGAGGUCCCGUCCCCGGAGACAUUCAUGGUCAGGCUUGAUAAAGCAACCUGGUCUGGUUAAAGGUCCCUGCUCACCUCAGGGGGAUUGGACUAGAUGACUUAAGUGUCCCUUUCAACCUCACACAUUCCAUGAUUCUGAGGACCAGCAGCCAAUCAAGACAGUUGUCCUCAGGUUUGCCAAGAACACAAGGAAAGCUCAUCCUCAUCUUGCCUGGCACCUCCUGACGUGGACCUGCAGAGUGACACAACCAGGAGGUGUGACCUGCACCAUGGGGUGAAGAGAUGGGUCAGGAACAGGGUUUUUCUUGAGCUUUGGGACAUGAAUUAUCUGCACUUCUCCAGCACUAAACACCCUUGGCACUUUUACCCAACAACCCUUGGUUUUCAACCCUGAUGUCCUGACCCUCAAAGAUGCUUUAAGAAGACAGAUUUUGGUUAAGAACAAAACUGGAAGGAGGAUGGAGCAGAGGAACAGGGUGUGAGCUUCCACCUCACUUUUGGCACUUGCUGUCCCCAUCUUUGUGUCUCUGAAGAAGCAGAAUUCCAAGGGAUAGAGAAGAAAUGAGCACUUCGGGAUUUUCUGGCCCAAUCACAGUAAGGAUGAGGGUGGAAACUGGACUUUAAGUUAAAUAAUUAAAUUUGCAAACUGGGGGGGUUAUUUGCCCUGAAGCACAUGCUGUCCUGGCAGUGAGAAGCUGGUGGGGGAAGCAGUGCUAGGAACUGGGUUGCCAAGAUUCCAGACUGCACUGAUAAGUCACCAAAACCUUGAAGGACACAUCCAGGAGCUCCAAAUGUGGAUCUGCAAUCUCCCUCCUCUUUCCCCCCCCUUUUUAAUGCAGGCUCCAGUCAUUGUCAUAGUGUAUCUGCCUGAGCUCUGGCUGAUCCUCUGUGGCCAUGGAGAGGGCUGAGGGGCUGGAGGGUGCUGCUUUCUUCAUCUACUUCAGGUUGUUCUUCAUUCCUUCUCUCCUAAGAACUCAAGACAAUCUCUACUCAGGUACGUGUGUGGGGGGAGGUUGGACUCUUAUAUCUCUGGUCUAUAAAUCUAAGUUUGAAGAACAAA